AAAAUUAUUCAACUUUCAAACUAAGAUCCAGGCUCUCCAAAGAAUAAUUUUCAAUUGAUUCAAAAAAAAAUAUAUAUUUAUGAGCUUUAGUUUAAUUAUUACACUCUGACGUUCUAAGAAAAAAUAUUGAAUAACUUACAGUUAUUUACACAUUGUCUGUAUUCAGAAAUACAAAAUAUGUUAAAUCUAAAACGGUUCUCAAAAAUUUCGUCGGGUGUAAAACUUCAAUUUGGGCAGUCUUCUCUCACAUCAAAAAAAACAUUGUGCCUCAGAUUUGUUCACUCCAACCUUUCUAAUUCAGGAAAAUCGAAUGUUGGAAAAUAUGCGUUGGGUUCAUUCAUAUUUGGAAUUGGCUCCAUUGUAGUUUACGCAAAGUAUGAUCCAACAUUUAGACAAUGGUUAAAAACUAAUGUUUAUGGAUCUGAUGAACUUUUGAAAAUUGUUUUAUUUGAAGACGAAAUUUUUAAUAAUCAACCCUACAAUGUGAAACCCGAGUUAGUUCCCCAAUCUAAUAAUUCUUCAAAACCGAUGUCUUCAAAACUUGGUUCAAAAGAAUCCAAGAUUGUUAUUGCCAAUACAGAUGAAUCCUCAGACACGAAAGAUAAAAAAAAAACAACAGGAAAUAAUAUUGAAAAACACCAAUCAAACUUUAAAGAAAUUGAAAUUGAAGCUGUUUUAUUAACUAAAAAAGUUUCAGAUUCAUAUUCUGAAGCAAUUGACACAUUAAAAAAUUAUUAUGAACUUGUAAAUGGAACUAUUAAUAAUGUUUCUCAUAAACCAAAUGCUGACUAUUUGUCAAAACUGAAAAACCUUAGUGUAGAAAAAGAUGAACUUUUUAAAAAAGCCAAGUCUAAUGCUCAAGAAGCUUGUAAUCGCUUAGAUCAGCUGCAUUGUUCAAUAGAAAAUUUUAAGUUAGCAAAUACAAAUGAAGCAAAAGAAACUAUUAAAAUUUACAUUGAUAAGUGCAAGACUGACAUUAAAAAUUUGGGAAAAGAUUUUGAAAAAGAAAAAGAUAACUUAUUAUUUUUUAAUAAAUAUAAUAGUCAAGUUAUGAACAUUAGAAAUACAUUUUCAGAUGAAUUAUUGGCAUUAUUUCCUCAUGUGAGACUUGAAGAUAAAGACAUGAAAUUGACAGAUGCUGAAUUUAAUGUAUUUGUGAAUUAUAUUACUCAAAAAUUAUUAUUGUAUCAAAAUGAAUUCUUUAAACAAGAAACAGUAGGUGAAGAUCAAGUGAAUGAUGUAGUUAAUGCGUUAAAAAAUUCCAACCCUGAUGCUAUAGAUAAAGUCUUAAAACUACAAGUAGAAAAACACCGUAAAAAGCAUUUAAAUAAUUUUAUGAAAGAAAGCUUUGUAUUGAAGGCAAAUGGUGAAGCAAAAUUCAAACAACAAUUAAGAUUGCAAUCUGAAGUACAUAUGGAUCAUUUAAAAGAAGCUGCUAGUUUAGCUGAAAAAGAAGUUGAACGUCGAGUACGUUUAGAAUAUUCUGAAAAAGCUGAAACUGUAAAACUUAAGUAUCAAGAACAAGUUUCAAUUAUGACUGCUGUUAUGCUUGCUGUAAAUGAUGCAUUGAAAGAUCAUUCAAGAAAAAGAGAUAAACUCAAUGAGUCUAUUUCUUUGUGGACAGCUUGUCAAUCACUAUUUACAGCAAUUACCACAGAUUAUCAUGUUUCAAAACAUGAAUUGAAACCUUUACAAGAACUAGUGAAUGAUAUUAAAAAAAUCGGAGAAAACCAUAAAAUAAUUAAAGAAUUAUUGGAAACAAUACCUGAAAAAGUGUUGACUCGAGGUAUAUAUACCGAAGAAACUCUAAAAGAUAGAUUUUUCAGCGUUGAAGAUAAAGCUUUUCAUAUGGCUUUAGUGCCAGACACUAAUGUUAAAUUAUUUGAAUUGGUAACAUCAUUUGUUUUUACAAUAUUUACUUUUAAAUCAUCCGUACCAAUCCCUAUAGAAGAAUUAAACAAUGCACCUAUUAAUAUCAAUGAAUUAAAUAAUAUUGAUAUUCUCCAACGAGCCAGGUAUUGGAUUGAACGAGAUAAUUAUUAUCAGGCUUUGCGGUAUAUGAAUUUAUUAAAAGGUGGUGCAAAAGUAAUUGCAGAUGAUUGGAUGAGCGAAACACGAGAAUAUUUAGCCAUGCAACAAGUUGCCAACACCUUGUUAGCUUAUGCUUCAGCAAACAUACGGUCUCACUUAGAUGCUAAUAAUACAUCCACAUAAUGUGAAAAUUUAGCACUAUUUUUGUUUUUAUGUAUAAGGUUAUUGUUAGCUUACAAUUUUUUUGUCAGUCAAAUUAAAUACAAAUUAUU